AGAGGCACAUGGAGUAGGAUAACACAUCGCCAAAGCUCUGACAAUACCCACACAUACAUACACACACAGGGAGUGCUCUCCACCUGUCUGCCUGUCAGACUCACACUGUUGGAUUUACAGUUUAAACUCUCCUGGACGGACUAUUAACUUCUGAACCAUGUUGCUUUGGGCGUCCCAGGAGAAUGGCAGUCAUGGUUAUACCCAAGUAAAAUGGAGGAUAGUUUUGAUUGCGACUGUGGCGAGCUUGAGCCACCUGAUCAUUGAGGGUUAAAAAAUUACUUUGAAGACUUAAAGGCCAGACUCAUUUCAGUUUUAUAGAUCAGGUGACUUGACAGAAAAAAAAUCACAAAUAAAUAAACAAAAAGAAAAAAAAAUCAUAUGAAGCUGCUCAGGACCAGUCAUACACUGAAUGUAUCUGCACUGUAAGGAUGCAACUACAUGCUUUUUAUAGUUUAAUAUAGUCUCAGUGCUUUUUAAUUGGCCUCAAAGUUCAUUCCAUUGCAGUAUAUAAACACUAGUCUACUAAAAGUUGUUCAGUUAAAGAUAUCCACACAUCCAGGAUUGGAGGAGAAAUUCAACUUUUGUUAUUUUAUCUCUUUAUUCAAGAUGGAAGGAAAGUUUGACCACACAUUUGUGCCCCAUAUCUGACAGUGACGGCUAGACGGGGGACUGAGUAGUCUACUGUACAGGGGUCAGUUAGCUCAGCCACAGCAGUGGGGGGAUUUUUAGAUAAAUUCCUCUGUUGGUAUUCAAGUUGGACUUGAAACAGGUCAUAGACCAAACGUUAGAGAUAGCAGGAGCUUGGUGGAAAAGCAGAAAACGGUCAUGGCAGAGAAGUUUGAGUCCCUGAUGAACAUCCAUGGCUUCGACCUGGGUUCUCGCUACAUGGACUUGAAGCCUCUGGGGUACGGAGGGAACGGCCUGGUGUUCUCCGCAGUCGACACAGACUGUGACAAGCGGGUAGCCGUGAAGAAAAUUAUCUUGACUGACCCACAGAGUGUGAAGCAUGCCCUGCGGGAAAUCAAGAUUAUCAGACGCCUCGAUCAUGACAACACCGUCAAGGUGUUUGAGACAUUGGGCCCCAAUGGUCGUAGGCUAACAGAGGAUGUGGUGUCCCUGACAGAGGUCAACUCGGUCUACAUUGUGCAGGAGUACAUGGAGACAGACCUGUGUCAGUUGCUGGAGAGGGGUCUUCUGUCUGAAGACCAUGCCAGACUCUUCAUGUACCAGCUCCUCAGGGGCCUUAAGUACAUCCACUCUGCCAACGUGCUGCACCGCGACCUCAAGCCUGCCAACCUGUUUGUCAACACAGAGGACCUGGUACUGAAGAUUGGAGACUUUGGGCUAGCCCGAAUCAUGGACCCACACUACUCCCACAAGGGCCAUCUCUCCGAAGGUCUGGUCACCAAGUGGUACAGGUCUCCUCGCCUGCUGCUCUCUCCGAACAAUUACACCAAAGCCAUCGACAUGUGGGCUGCUGGCUGCAUCUUUGCAGAGAUGCUCACAGGGAAAACCCUGUUUGCAGGAGCCCAUGAACUGGAGCAGAUGCAGCUGAUCCUGGAGUCCAUUCCCGUACUGCGAGAGGAAGACCGACAGGAGCUCCACAGCGUUAUCCCAGUCUUCAUCCGCAACGACAUGUCCAAGCCUCACACACCACUGGCCAAGCUGCUGCCUGACGUCAGUCCCCAGGCCCUGGAUUUCCUGGAGAAGAUCCUGACCUUUAACCCCAUAGAUCGCCUCACUGCGGAGGAGGCCCUGGCCCACCCCUAUAUGGCUGACUACUCCUUCCCCCUUGACGAGCCUGUCUCACUGCACCCCUUUCACAUUGAGGAUGAAGUAGAUGAUAUCCUGCUCAUGGACCAGAGCCACAGCCACACCUGGGACAGGUAUCAUGAGAGCCAGCUGUCAGAGGCUGACUGGCACUUACACAGCACCCAUGACCCAGACGAAGUUCAGGUUGACCCAAGGGCUCUCUCUGAUGUAACAGACGAGGAGGAAGUUCAGGUGGAUCCUCGUAAAUAUGCUGAUGGAGAUCGGGAGAAGUUCAUGGAUGAGCCGUCCUUCGACUAUUCCACUCUGUUCCAGUCAGAGCGCUCCUGGCAGGACGACCACCACGAAAACAAAUACUGUGACUUGCAGUGUAGCCACACCUGUAACUACAAGGCCGUGUCGCCCUCCUACCUUGACAACCUCAUCUGGAGGGACAGUGAAGUCAACCACUACUAUGAACCCAAACUCAUCAUCGAUCUCUCCAACUGGAAGGAGCAGCAGAGUAAGGAGAAAGCGGACCGCAAGGCCAAGAGCAAAUGUGAGAAGAAUGGGUUGGUGAAGGCCCAGAUCGCGCUGCAGGAGGCAGAGAAGACCCAGAGUCCGAUGGAGAAGGACAGCGAGCAGGAGAAACACCAGACGGAGAAGCCUCAAAGCCAGCAGAGCCAAGGCUUUGACUUCGACUCCUUCAUCGCCAGCACCAUUAAACUGAGCCUGCAGCCAGAGCCCUGUCAGGAGGUGGCCAUACUCAAUGAGGUGGGCCUCCUGAACGAGCUCAACACUUCCGUUUCCCAGCUGGAGGCUCCCCGCUCAGGCUCCAUGUCAAAGUCCAUAAGUCAGGAGAAGGAGGAGAAGUGCCUGGUAAACCUCGCCCAGUUGGGUGGCGGUGGCUUGGGAGUCCUCAGCGGGGACGUCACCUGGCCCACUCACCCCUGGGAGAGCUUCGGCUCUGGGGAGAGAGUCGGGGAGAACGGCUGUUUAAUAGAUGAAGCAUGCUGGGACAUUCGCAAAGAGGACCAGCUCCAGAAGGAGAGCACUUACACCAGCUACCUGGACCGCCUGUUCAGCCGGAAGGAAGAGGGGACCGGAGAGACAGUGGCCAGCUCAGAGAUGGAGCCCUCGGAAGUGAGAGAGCUGGAUGAGAGCUUCCUCGGCAGGAACACAGAGAUUGUGCUUAAUGUGCAGCUGGACUCCCUGGCCCUGCCUGGCUUUGACAGCGCAGAUGACUUGCCUCUAAAGUCCAUCCAGGCAACUCUCACCCCGUGCGCUGUCAAAUGCUCCCCACAGAUUGCCCACAAAACAUACAGCAGCAUUUUCAAGCAUCUUAAUUAAAGAAAUAUAUAUCCUCCCUUACAGUGCAAAAUCUUGGCUGUUUUUGUUUUUAUGUUUUUUUUUUGGUUGUUUUUUAAUAAUAUGGUAUAUUAUUGAACUUGAAUCAUUUCAUACCUUUUUUUAUUAUGGUUUUAAUUAUUUUUGUUUUUUUAAGAGUUGAGAGGGGUGGUUUGUUAUAUUUAAAGUUUUGGUCAUCACUCUGAGCCUUGAUCACCAGGCCUUCAUGGGUUAAUGUCUACACCCUCAUUGCUAAACUGGCAUAUCACUCGCACACUUAAGUACUGUAGAAGAACAGGAGAGAAGUAACUUGAAGAAAGACAGAUGGAGAGGAAUUGUGAUUAAAGAGACGAGAUUUGGCUGUUAGGGUGUGACGUAAGGAAGGAUGGUAGAAGCUAACAUUUCUGUAGGCAUUUAAAGUGCUCUCAAACAGCCUUUUCCGGGGAGGGGAUACGAAAGAAGAAAAAAGGGGAUGGGAUGUCCUUUUUUAAUUUUGUUUUAUAUUUUCCCCUGAAGAAAGCUUCCUUAAAAACCCUUUCAUACUGUAAAUCUGACACAUGAUGCCAGCAGCAACCAUUAUCGUAGGCGUUAAUGUAAAUGUGUUAUCUACCUCAAGGUAACAGCCGCGAGAGACACUCGAAGCCGCACUAGUGCUUUACACACAUGACCAUCCUGGUCGCGUAGAUGAAAUCUGUCUCAUUUAACAUAGUGAGGUGUUUCAGUAAUCAUUAUUUAUUUCUAGCAGAUGUGCGAUAUUUAUUUUAUCAAGAUGUGUUAUUUCAAUGUGAUUAUUGAAGAUUGAGGAGUUGGACAGACUUCCAUUUUCAUUUGGGCACUAUAUGGGCGUGUAAGUGUUCUUUUGUUUUAUGGUAGGAUGCAAAUUCAUCUGUUAUGUUCUAAAAGAAGUUGAGGCUUUCCAUUUUCCACCAAUAUUGUCCAAAUGGAUAUCAUUCUUUUUGUUUAUUUUUUUUUUCGUUUUUUUUAUUUAUAGGUGCGUUCUGUCUUUAAUGGAAAAACUGCUUUAUGGUUUAAAAGAAGCGCCUAAAGUCUUAAUUUUUUAUCUAAAUGUAAUGUUUAAAAAAAUGCGUGCAUGGAGGCAAGAGAAAGGUACAUUAAAAGUAAAGUUUAUGGUGAGUAUAAUGUACGUAAGUUUUAAUUGUAUGUUUUUUGUUAAAUUUCUAUGUACUUUUUCCAGGCAAGCAUGAUGAAUUAGGUUAAGGUGUAGCAUGUAGAACACUUAUGGACUUUUUUUUGUAAUCAUUGGUUCCCCUGUUCUACAAAAUAUCUCGAAAUAAAAUUACUGGCAAAGA